GCAAGCGAGAGAGAGAUAAGGGAAUCGACGAAUUGGCUUUUAUUUUCUUUUUUAGUUUUCAAGCUCUAAGCCCAGCUAGAUUUUCACUUUUCGGGUGGAGAAUGCCGAUUUCUCGAAUUGCAGUAGGCUCCCCGGCGGAGGCUAGCCAAUCCGAUGCCCUCAAGGCAGCUCUAGCUGAGUUUAUUUCAAUGCUCAUCUUUGUUUUCGCCGGUGAAGGCUCCGGCAUGGCUUUUAACAAGCUCACUGACAAUGGCUCAUCAACACCGGCGGGAUUAGUAGCGGCAUCAGUGGCUCACGCCUUCGCGUUGUUUGUGGCGGUUUCCGUCGGUGCUAACAUCUCAGGUGGGCACGUAAACCCUGCCGUCACAUUCGGUGCCUUUGUUGGUGGCCAUAUUACAUUGUUCAGGAGUAUUUUGUACUGGAUUGCUCAGUUGCUCGGAUCCGUUGUUGCUUGCUUGCUUCUCAAGUUUUCAACUGGUGGACUGACAACAUCAGCAUUUAGCUUGUCAUCUGGGGUAGGAGCAUGGAACGCAGUGGUUUUCGAGAUAGUGAUGACCUUUGGUUUGGUUUACACUGUAUACGCCACAGCUGUUGACCCGAAGAAGGGUAACAUUGGGAUCAUUGCACCCAUUGCAAUUGGUUUCAUUGUGGGUGCCAACAUCUUGGCUGGUGGUGCCUUCGAUGGCGCAUCCAUGAACCCUGCAGUCUCCUUUGGACCAGCCGUGGUCAGCUGGACAUGGGACAACCACUGGGUCUAUUGGCUCGGCCCAUUCGUCGGCGCUGCCAUUGCAGCUAUUGUCUAUGAGGUCUUCUUCAUCGCCCCAGACACACACGAACAGCUUCCCACUACUGAAUAUUAAGAUUUAUGGCCUUCUUCCAUGUACUUAAACAAGGGUUUGAAAGUUGGGUGGAUCACUUUGGUUUCAUUGUUGUGGGUGUUUAUUUCAUGUUUGUAUCUCUCUUUUGUUAAGUGCUGAUUCCUGUGAACUUGGUUUUUCAAUCA